ACGGCCGAGUCUCCGACCUCCUCCUCCUCCUCCUCCUCCUCAUCUUCUUCCCCCCUCCGCUCCGCUCCCCGUCGUCAUCAAAGGCAGAAGGAGCGCCACUUUUUUCCUUCCAAACCAGCAGCGCGGUUGGCCCCGUUCUUCUCCUCCUCCCCUGCCCUCUCCUCUCCCACCUCGGUCGCCGAUAGCUCCUUGCUCUGAUCGAUCCGGAGACGGAGAUGAUGGGGAGCAGAGACGGCGGCGGCGGCUCGGCGGCGAGGGCGAGGCCGCGGAGCGACCCGGGCGACAGCCGCGACCUCUCCCGCGCCUCCGUCGGCACCACGGAGUCGUACAGCUCCGACAGGUCCGUCAGCAGCGCCGGCGGCCGCGCAGUCGCCUUGCUCGGCGCCUUCCGGUCAUGCUUCGUCUCCGCGGAGGCGCGCUCGCCGGAGACCUCCUUGUCUGACGACUUCCAUCCCUCCCAACAGCUGUCACAGUCGAUAAGCUCACAAGGUUCUAGCAGUGGGAGCAAUUUCGAGAGACGGAGAUCAAUUAGAGGACUGUAUGGUCCCAUGCACAGGAAUUCUUCAGACAAGGAGAUCCCUGGAAGCACGAUGUUCUCCUUGCCACAGAUCCAGAAAGCAACCAAAAACUUCUCACCAAAUCUGAAGAUCGGGCAGGGUGGUUCCGGGACAGUAUACAAAGGCCAGCUUAAUGACGGCACUCUAAUCGCCGUCAAACGGGCCAAGAAGACUGUGUAUGACAAGCAUAUGGGCCGUGAGUUCCGGAACGAGAUUGAAACGUUGCAAUGCAUUGAGCACCUUAAUUUGGUAAGGUUUCAUGGGUACCUGGAGUUUGGUGGUGAGCAGUUAAUCAUUGUGGAAUAUGUUCCCAAUGGUAAUCUUCGAGAACACCUUGAUUGUGUCAAUGGAAAUAUUCUUGAAUUCUCUCUAAGAUUGGAUAUUGCAAUCGACGUGGCUCACGCUGUUACGUAUCUUCACACCUACUCAGAUCACCCAGUCAUCCACAGGGACAUCAAAUCGUCAAACAUUCUUCUGACAAACAAUUAUAGGGCUAAGGUUGCUGACUUUGGAUUUGCCAAGCUAGCCCCAAUUGAUGCUAGCCAUGUCUCGACCCAAGUCAAAGGAACAGCAGGUUAUCUUGAUCCAGAAUAUCUCAGAACAUACCAGCUCAAUGAGAAGAGUGAUGUCUACUCCUUUGGAGUCCUGCUGGUAGAGUUGAUAACAGGGAGGCGCCCGAUAGAACCAAGGAGAACUAUCGUUGAACGCGUUACUGCAAAAUGGGCAAUGGAAAAAUUUGUGGAGGGUAAUGCGAUACAAACACUGGAUCCAAAUCUAGAAGCAAGUGAUGCGAUCAAUCUGGCUGUCGAGAAAAUGUACGAGCUGGCUCUGCAGUGCUUGGCUACUACCAAGAGGAACAGGCCAAGCAUGAGGCGAUGUGCUGAGAUCCUAUGGAGCAUACGCAAAGAUUACAGGGAGUUGGAUAUACCAACCCCAUCCAUGAACUGAACUGAGAUGGUUCACCUGGAGCAAUCAAGAAAAAGGCUGCACUCCAGUUUGAUUCCCUUCAAAGCAUAGUGGUAUGAAUCACCCGAUUGCUUGCUGGAAAAUGAGUUUAUUCCUUCAGUUGUGAUCUUAAGUAGUUGUGAACGAGACUGGUAGCCUUCCUAGGAAUUGUGUGUUCACCAGCUAGCAACUAGGAGGAGUUGCAUAGAAAAGUUGUGUACAUCAUGUAUAAAUUGUUGCUGUCAGCAAGACAGAUACAUAUACUCUAUAUAUAAUGGUUGAGAAUGCAGUUUUUGUGCACAUCAUCAAAUUCAUCAUGUUGCAAUAAUUUAAAGCACAAAAGAAACCCAUGGGUGC